AUGGUUAAUGAAAGGAUUAUUCAAAACAACGUCUGGAAAAGGCUUUGGAAGAGUAGCACAACCCACAGAGUUAAGCUAUUUGCUUGGAGAUGUAUACAUGACUACCAUCCCACAAGGAUUAGGUUGGAUCGAUAUAACUCAAGUAUUGGUACUCAGUAUGCAAUUUGUGAUCACAAUGAGGAAACAAUGGAACAUCUUCUGUUUCAUUGUAGGCAUGCAAGAACUGUUUGGAGAUUGGUUAAUGUUGACAUUGACGAAGUACAAAGAAGGUGUGAUAGUGUCUCAGUGUGGGUUGAGAGUUGGUUCUUAAACAUUAACAAUAAUGACGACGACAGAUGGUUGGCUACAUUAAUGAUAACUGCUUGGAUACUUUGGAAGGACAGAUGCAACAUGGUUUUUCAGGGAGUAAAACUUAAUCCUUUUAACUCCAUGCAUAGAAUUCAAUAUCAUUUGCAUUCACAUUUACUUGACAAAUCGAUGAAUACAAGCAUUGUUAAUUCAUCUGCACACUCUCAAUGGAAUCCUCACAUGCAAGAUGUAUUAAAAUUUAAUGUAGAUGCUUCAUUUGAUGAGGAAACUAACACACUUGGCACUGACAUUGUCUUAUGCUCUCAUGCAGGAAACUGUGAAGGGAUCAAAGGAUUCUACAUAUAUGGAGUAUUAAGUCCAGGGGCUGGAGAGUGCAUGGAUAUACAAGAACCUCUGCUGUGGGCUCGAGAAAAGCGGUUCACAAGAAUACACAUAGAAGCUGAUGCAAAGUUAGUAGUUCAAUCAAUCACUGAUAAUGUUCUCCUUAUACAGUGGGGGAACAUAGAAUCUUCUGAAGCAGAUUAA